AUGGUAGCAACCAUAAUUGAAAGGGGUCCUCUUUUGGUCCCCACUGUCCCCGUUCGUCUUCGUCACUCCGCAUCGGGUCGUAGAGGCUUCAUCAAACACUUCAAAUCUGGCGACGACUUCAAAUCCGACAAAAUCGAGUCGCUGAUCUCUUUUCAUCACCGAUGGACCACGAAUUCCCCGAUGUUAUGGCCGAUGGAUAUGGUUCCCGGGUUUGCAUGGGGUACAUAUUUCUGGAAAUAUACUUCGCGUAUGAUGCGUGGAAUGUUUGAGAAAAUAGAAGAGUUUAGAGAAUUCAAGCAGGCGAAUCCCGAAUCGAAGAAAGGACACAAGUAUACCAUUCCUGGUUUUAUGCUUCUGUUAAAGAUAUGGAUUUUGGAGACGUUCCCAGAGGCAACCAAGUUUUAUAUACGCACGCUGACAGAAUUGCCACAGAUGAGGGUGUGGAGAAGUAAAUCACCGUUAAAUUAGGAUCAAUGUUGUCGAAUAAUGAACGUGUAUGUGCCUAAAAACCAACCUAUUAAUGUCGUGGCAAACCCGGAGGAGCUGAUGUUGUCGUUUUACGUUUGUUAUGUCAAUUGGACUCUUAACCCUGUAGAGUCUCCCCCACGACAACAUAGUCCUGUUCAAAAUAGUCUUGUUCAAAAUGCGGAAUGACCAUUCGCUUUGCGGACUGACAAGUCAGUAACACGGACGGACAAGUCAGUAACGCGGACUGACCAUUCGCUUUGCGGAGUUGAAGGCUCUAUAUAUUGUCAUGGAUGAUCUUCGGAUAUUUGCGGACUGUCAUAUCUAUAUAAAAUGACAAACAAUAAUGUAUCACUUCAUCUAAGGCAACACUAGUUUGGAGGAUAGAAUGUUUUGGGUCCCAUUAACGAAUACCUUCAACACUGACGCUGAAACCACCAUACAAAACCAUCGCAACACGCUUGAUAUAGCUGUAAAAUCGUAUGAAUUGAAAACACAAGUUGUGUUAUUCAACGAUCUUUAUAAUAAGAUUGAAGACGAUCGUGUGAAUGAUACUGAGGAAGGCAUCUUGGAGGUGGCUAAAGAAGAAUACAAAUCCAUUAGCAACGGACAGAGUUUCGAGUUUGAAGCCCCUUGAAAUCUUUUGAAAGAUGUCCCAUUUUUUUA